AUGGGUCUCUCUACCUCAGCAAUUUGGAAAAAUACUGGAGUGGAAAUUGUUAAUCCCUAUGAAGUAAAACGAAAGGUGAAGGUGAAUGGUCUUAAAAUGGUUGAUGAGCCAAUGGAAGAGGGAGAAGCAGAUUCUUGCCAAGAUGAAGGAGUUGUUAAAGAAAUCCCUAUUACUUAUCACGUUAAGGAAGGAUAUGAGAAAGCAGAUCCUGCACAAUUUGAGUUGCUCAAAGUUCUUGGUCAGGGAUCCUUUGGAAAGGUUUUUCUUGUUAGAAAGAAGACUGGUCCUGAUGCUGGACAGCUCUAUGCAAUGAAGGUGUUAAAAAAAGCUUCUUUAAAAGUUCGAGACAGAGUUCGGACAAAGAUGGAGAGGGAUAUACUGGUGGAAGUAAAUCAUCCAUUUAUUGUCAAAUUGCACUAUGCCUUUCAGACUGAAGGGAAGCUGUAUUUAAUACUGGAUUUUCUCAGGGGAGGAGAUGUCUUCACAAGAUUAUCCAAAGAGGUUCUGUUUACAGAGGAAGAUGUGAAAUUCUACCUUGCAGAACUGGCCCUUGCUUUGGAUCAUCUGCACCGAUUAGGAAUUGUAUAUAGAGACCUGAAGCCAGAAAACAUUUUGCUUGAUGAAAUAGGACAUAUCAAGUUAACAGAUUUUGGACUCAGCAAGGAAUCAGUAGAUCAGGAAAAGAAGGCUUACUCAUUUUGUGGUACAGUGGAGUAUAUGGCUCCUGAAGUAGUAAAUAGAAGAGGUCAUUCCCAGAGUGCUGAUUGGUGGUCAUAUGGUGUACUUAUGUUUGAAAUGCUUACUGGUACUCUGCCAUUUCAAGGUAAAGACAGAAAUGAGACCAUGAAUAUGAUAUUAAAAGCAAAACUUGGAAUGCCUCAGUUUCUUAGUGCUGAAGCACAAAGUCUUCUAAGGAUGUUAUUCAAACGGAAUCCAGCAAAUAGAUUGGGUUCAGAAGGAGUUGAUGAAAUCAAAAGACACCUUUUUUUUGCAAAUAUUGACUGGAAUAAAUUAUAUAAGAGAGAAGUUCAGCCUCCUUUCAAACCGGCUUCUGGAAAACCAGAUGAUACUUUUUGUUUUGAUCCUGAAUUUACUGCAAAAACACCUAAAGAUUCUCCUGGUUUGCCAGCUAGUGCUAAUGCUCAUCAACUCUUCAAAGGAUUCAGCUUUGUUGCAACUUCUAUUGCAGAAGAAUAUAAAAUCACUCCGAUAACAAGUGCAAAUGUAUUACCAAUUGUUCAGAUAAAUGGAAAUGCUGCACAAUUUGGUGAAGCAUAUGAAUUGAAAGAGGAUAUUGGUGUUGGCUCCUAUUCUGUUUGCAAACGAUGCAUACAUACUGCUACCAACAUGGAAUUUGCAGUGAAGAUCAUUGACAAAAGUAAAAGAGACCCCUCAGAAGAAAUUGAAAUUUUGAUGCGCUAUGGACAACACCCUAACAUUAUCACUUUAAAGGAUGUUUAUGAUGAUGGUAGAUAUGUUUACCUUGUUACGGAUUUGAUGAAAGGAGGAGAGCUACUUGACCGUAUUCUCAAACAAAAAUGUUUUUCAGAACGGGAAGCUAGAGAUGUACUGUUUAUAAUAACUAACACAGUUGACUAUCUUCAUUGUCAAGGAGUUGUUCAUCGUGAUCUUAAACCCAGUAAUAUUUUAUACAUGGAUGAAUCAGCCAACGCAGACUCCAUUAGAAUCUGUGAUUUUGGGUUUGCAAAACAACUUCGAGGAGAAAAUGGACUUCUCUUAACUCCAUGCUACACUGCAAACUUUGUGGCACCUGAGGUUCUUAUGCAACAAGGCUAUGAUGCUGCUUGUGAUAUUUGGAGUCUGGGAGUCCUUUUUUACACAAUGUUGGCUGGCUACACUCCAUUUGCUAAUGGCCCCAAUGAUACUCCUGAAGAGAUACUGCUGCGUAUAGGCAAUGGAAAGUUCUCUUUGAGUGGUGGAGACUGGGACAGUAUUUCAGAUGGAGCAAAGGAUUUGCUUUCCCAUAUGCUGCAUAUGGACCCACAGCAGCGGUACACUACAGAACAAGUAUUAAAACACUCAUGGAUAACCCACAGAGAUCAGUUGCCAAAUGAUCAGCCAAGUAAAAAUGAUACAUCACAUGUUGUUAAGGGAGCAGUGGUUGCCACAUAUUCUGCCCUGACUCACAGGACCUUUCAACCAGUCCUAGAGCCUGUUGCUGCUUCAAGCUUAGCUCAACGACGGAGCAUGAAAAAGCGAACAUCAACUGGCCUGUAA